AUGACAUUUUCUCGUACCAUAAUCCCCGCCGGCCGGGCAAUCUUGACCAGGGCCAGCGCCAACACGCUUCCGCGCCGAUUUGCAGCGCAAUCGCUGCGUCGGUACGCGUCAAUCGGGGACUCGCAACCGCCGCGGCCGCCCUUGGACAAGGUGAAGGAGAGGGUUGAGCUGGCGAACAGGCUGAAGCAUGACCCGUGGGUCAAGGAUGCGACGAGCAAGAUUGCGCAGAAUCCAGAGGCGAUUAACGCCGUCGUUGAGUUUGAGCAGAUCCUCAAGUCCAAGGGCUUUAACUUUCACACCGGCAGACAGCCAUCCAAGGUCCAGAUGAUGAAGCUCAUGAUCGACAAGGACUUUAGACAGGCGAUGCUCAAGCUCGCCGAGGCGAUGCAGCAAGCGGGAGUAGACGGGAGCAGCCCCCAAAUUCAGGAGAUCAUGAAGCGCAUGGGCCUGGGCCAGUAA